CGAGAGCAGCUUACACCAGGACUGCGUCCAAGAGCUGAAGAUGAAGAUUCCUUUUUGCCCAGAAGACAUGCUACUGAGUUUUAUCUCCCCCACAUUCUCAUUGCCCCCGAGGCCCAGUGGUUCCAGCCCCCCGGGAGUGGGGCCUUUAUCUGUGUUCUGCUUCCUCCCUGGAAACACCAGGUCUCUGGAGCAGGGCAACUUGGCAGGCUCUCUCCAUGGCAUUCACGGUCGCCCUCCUCCUCCUGUUCUUGUGUGGGCACCCCCAGGCUGCCGCAGACAGCAUCCACACCGUUUACGUCGUCUACGGGGAGUCAGUGGAGCUGCCGUGUCCUUCACCCCCUUCCCUACGUGGGGGCCAGCUCCUAACCUGGUUCCGCAGCCCUGCAGGAACCUCCUCCACCAUCUUGGUGGCCCAGAUCCAAUUAGACAGGCCAACUCCAGAUCUGAAGAAACCCGAAAAUGACUCCAGGUUCAAACUCCUCGGGAACUACUCCUUAUUGCUGGAGGGGCCCAAGGAUGAAGAUGCUGGGCGGUACUGGUGCACGGUGCUGGAUCAGAACCACAAGUACCAGAACUGGAGGGUGUAUGAUGUCUCCGUGCUCAAAGGGUCCCAGUUCUCUGUGAAGUCUCCAGACGGCCUCUCCUGCUCUGCCCUCCUGUGCGCUGUGGUCCCCACCAGGCGUCUGGAUUCCGUGACCUGGCAAGAGGGGAGGAAUCCUGUGAAAGGACAUGCUCAGUACUUUUGGGGUGACGGGGCUGCCCUGCUGCUGGUGUGUCCUGGAGAGGGGCUUUCUGAAGCCAAGGCCCGUAAGCCGAGGAGCAUUCGCUGCCUUAUGCCUCAGAACAAGAGAUUCAGCUUUAGCCUGGCAGCUUCCGCAGAACCUACUCCCACUGCCUGUGUCUCCGUCCCGAGCUGGGAUGUGCCCUGGUUACUGAUGCUGUUGCUCACAGCAGGCCAAGGAGUCACCAUCAUUGCCCUCAGCAUAGUGCUCUGGAGGCGGAGGGGCCAGGGGUCUCGGGACAGAGAACCCUCAAUUCCUCACUUCAAACCUGAAGUCCAGGUCUAUGAGAACAUCCAUUUGGCCCACCUUAGCCCACCCAUCCACAAGACCAGGUGAUCUUGGUGACAUCUGCCUCGGAAAGCCUGACCUGCUGUCCUGUGUCUCUGGCAUUUGGCACCUGAAGGACUCCCUGAAAACCUUGGCGAGGGGGUGGGGCUGAGGGCAUGACUCUACUUCCUCUUGGCUUCCAACAGCCACCAAGCUGGAGGGGCCAGGAACAAAGGAAGGGAGUAACAGCAUUCUGUGGUGUCACCUACGAAAAGGCGUGGUUUCCUGUCUUGAAGCAGCCGGUAGUUGAGUGACCCAUAGGAAGAUUUAUUAUGGGGUCUGAAGUCUCUGUCAAGGGCAAGAGGGACAGGGAAGCCCAGGGACUUGAGAAAAGCUGGGGCAUCUGUCAGGAGAAACUGUGAGGAAAAAGUGUGUUGGGGGCAAGGAAGAGAGAGGUUGAGAGACCUGGAUGCAGAGUGGGGGAAACCGGAGUCCCAAAUGGGAAAUUCGGGGGACAAGGAAAAGAGAAGAGUCAACAGGCCUCCUAAGUAAACCAGACUCUCUCCCCAUGUUCUCACAAAGAGAUGCUGAGAGGGAACAAGACCUUUAAUCAGACCCCACACUUCCUCAGACGGAGAAGGAGGGAAGCAGGCCCACAGGCGGAUGCCAGUCCUCAGCCCCAGCCCUCCCCUUAUCCCAGGCGCACACGCAUCCCUGUGGGUCUCUAUCUGCAGGAGCAGCUUAUCACUUCUGGCUCCCUGGGAGCUCUGCCCCAGGGGAGAGACACCCAGGGGAAGCUUACGUGUAAGGGCUGGCAGAUAGCUCCGGAAGGGAGCGAGUACUUCCAAUCUUCCAGAACAGAGAAGAGCUCUGGGUCGGUGAGAUGGAACCGGGCCUCAGUGCUGCAAAGCAGUCACCCGGCAUCCAGAAAGGAGGCCACGCCCACACAGGCAUCCUUCCCAGGCGCCCUUUCGACUCUGGUCUCAAGCUUGGCUUUCUGGACUUCUCACCUGCGGCCCGCACGCUGCAGCGGUUUAGGCUCAAACGUUGGCAGGAACAGCCACACAGAUGGAAACUCGGUGCGGGGCACCAUUCAGGUUCCAAUGUGCCAGUCCAACCCACAAGGCAGCUACAGCUCGUUCUUGUGUGUGUGAGUGUUGAAGACAUAUGGGCGCCCAUGCAAACACACGGGUGCAUGCGUGGAAGACCUCAGAUGUCCUGUCUCUC